AUGUUAUUUUUUAAAUUAAUGAAAGAAAGUAAUAUUUACUUUAUAAGAAAAAUAGAUAUUUGUAUUAAGCUUUUAUUUUACUUUUAAAAAGUUUAUACGAUUUAAUUCCAAUCUUUUUUUUGCUUCUAUUAAUUUAAUUAAAUUAUUAUAUUUAUAUACAUCAAAAUUUAAUUACAUUAAAACCUCGAUAAGGAAAACAAAUGGUUUGCAAGGAUAUACUGUGGUUUGAGGUUCAGAGGUUUGGAGGUUCGGAGGUUCGGAGGUUUUGAGUUUUCAAUGUUUAAAAGGUAGUAGAAGUAGUGUUGGUUGAUUCAAAAUUUCUAAUAAAAUAAAUAAAUAAAAAAUAAAUUAUAUAAAAUUAUAAUUAAAUAUUAUAUUUUAAGAUGUAUUCUGAGUGCAUAUUUAUGUGCGAGUAUUUCUAUUCUAUUCUACACCAACUUUAUUGCCCCUUUAUAAAUUAUGAAGAGAAAAUAUAUCAUUAAUUAAUUAGAAGGAAAAAAUGAAGAAAAAACUUGA